CUCAAAUGUAUCAAUACUACGAGCAUUCAUGACAUGCUCUGCUUUCAUACCUCCUCCACCAUCGCCUGAAAUGCUCGUCGGCGGCUCCGUAUACAUUUCGCGAAAGUCAGCCUUUACAAACCCUUACUGUCUUUUUAAGUUUCUAUCGCCACCAUGUCCAGAUUCGUGGCAAUUGGGAGUAUUAAAGGAAUUACACAGUACAGACAACCAAAUCAAACAAUCAACAGUUCAGAAGGGAUAAAACGUGGUGGACUGUUUUUCAGAAUUGGGUUAUUUUCUCCCAGGUACAAAUGUUAUAGCCAAUGCGUGUCUCAAACUAGAUGGAAAGCUAAUUUCACAACAUGCAGAAUCCAGGAGAGCUUCUACAAUCAUUUCCAGUGUUUCCAUUUGGGCACUCACAGAAGAAACAAUAUGGUAAAUCAUGCCCAUCUGACAUGGAAGAAGUUCCAAAAACAGUCUCUGAAUAGGGGGUGGACUUCUCUAUCUAUAAAUAGACUAGCUCAAGCAGUAAGCUUGGCUUUGAACCGCCCUUAUGUGGCUUUUCCUGGUAUCUUUGCAUUAACAUGCGGAAGAAAUGUGGCACUGGCACAGGCAACACAAGACACAAACUUUGUCUCCAAAAGGAAUAAACUGUAUAUGCGUGCUCAAGAUGGAAAUGUUUACUUUACGUCAUUGAUACGGUCUAUGUUCGAUUCGCUUGUUCUGCUGUUGAGAGUACUGUAUUUGGCUGUACUCUUUUCACCAAGUGUAGUAAUGGCUCCAUUUGCAGAUAUUUUUGGACCCCGUUACACAAAAGUCUGGCUCCAGGUUGUUCGUCAAACACUUGAAAGAGCAGGCCCUGCAUUUAUAAAGUGGGGCCAAUGGGCAGCUACUAGGCCAGAUCUUUUCCCUAGUAAUGUAUGCACUGAACUGUCAAAGCUCCAAACAAGUGCCCCUGAACAUAGUUUUGCCUACACAAAAAAGACCAUUGAAAGAGCUUUCGGCCGUAAAAUUUCAGAAAUCUUUGACGAGUUUGAAGAAAAACCUGUAGCAUCUGGAAGUAUUGCUCAAGUUCAUCGCGCUUCCUUGAGGUAUCAAUACCGUGGUAGGAAGAUCAAGCCCAUGGCUGUGGCCGUGAAAGUAAGACAUCCUGGAGUUGGUGAGUCAAUAAAAAGAGAUUUCGAGAUAAUAAAUAUAGUUGCAAAAAUAUCAAAAUUCAUUCCUACUCUUAAGUGGUUAAGAUUGGAUGAAAGUGUCCAGCAAUUUGCUGUUUUUAUGAUGUCUCAAGUUGACCUUGCUAGGGAGGCUGCCCAUUUAAGCCGCUUCAUUUAUAAUUUUAGAAGAUGGAAGGAUGUUUCUUUUCCAAAGCCUGUAUAUCCAUUAGUACAUCCUGCAGUGUUGGUGGAAACAUUUGAGCAAGGAGAAAGUGUUUCAUAUUAUGUUAAUGAGCUCGAGGGGAAUGAACGGAUUAAAAGUGCACUUGCUCAUAUUGGAACCCAUGCACUUCUAAAGAUGCUUCUGGUGGACAAUUUUGUGCAUGCUGACAUGCAUCCUGGAAAUAUCCUCGUCCGGGUAACCCAGAGCAAGUCUUCAAGGAAACGCGUCUUCAAAUCAAAGCCCCAUGUUAUUUUCCUUGAUGUAGGCAUGACUGCUGAGCUUUCUAGUAGUGAUCGAGUAACAUUCCUGGAGUUCUUUAAGGCUGUAGCUCGUCGAGAUGGGCGCACUGCUGCAGAAUGCACUUUGAAAUUAUCUAAACAACAGAACUGCCCUAAUCCCAAGGCAUUCAUUGAGCCGGUGUGGGAACCAUUGAGAGGAACGAAGUUUACAUACGGAGUACAAAUAUUACAUACGGUGUCGGAGGAUGAUCCAUGUGCAAAUUGUGCAAUCUCACCCACAUCAAUGUCUGGUCUGGUCUGGAUGCAUCAUCGAUCGCCACUGCAAGUCGAUUCUCACCAUGCGCAAAUCUCAACGACGACACUGAACUCCAACUAUUCCCACCCUGCGCAAGCUAUAAACCUCGUAGAAUCAGGAAGUGAAUCGCCUUCGACAACACUGAAGGAUGAGUUGAAGACAUCUGCACCAUCAAUUCCGGAGCCGGAUCCAGAAUAUUACAGUAUUCAAACCACUGAGUUUUCAACAGAUAAUCUUGAAGAUUCAGAAACGCGCAAAUCUGAUAUUCUUUACAAACAGGAAGGAAAUCGUACUGAGCACAAUGAUCCUGCCUGAGGGGCUGAUGAGGAAGGCCUGUAUCACCCAUCUAUCCUUACCUAUGAGGGUCGAAGAUAUGCUCUUGUACUGGAAAGAAACAUAGAAUGUUUUAAAUCUUUGUUGGGAAGAGUUCAAGAACGUGAGUUGGGGGAUAUCGGGGAGAUUGUGCACCUUCAUUCAUCAAAAAGAAUUUUGGAAGGGCGGAAUAAGUUUGAUGGUUUCAGAUUUAAUGAUGAUAUUUCUGUGAAGUGUGUCCAAAAUGGAUUGGGGGUAGGAAUUACUGGGAAUUGUAAGAAAAAGGGUGGUAUUGCUACUAAUGUUGAGGCAGAGGUGUUUCGGAUGCUUGUCAAUAAUUUCAUACCUGAUCUAUUAACAGAUGCAUUAAUCAUUGGUGAAAAUGGUAAGGGAAAGGCAGUAGUUUGUAAACCGGUUCAAUGGGGAAGUGCAGAUUUGGACUAUAGGUUUCAUAUGACAAUUGCGGAUCAAUGGGUUAAGAUACUCAGGAAAAGAGAGGAGGAUUGGGAAUUAGGUGACAGCAUUCACACACUUGCUAAUAGAAGUGGGAUGGAGAAAUAUGUUGGAAAUGUUGACAGUCAGGACCAAGAAAUUAGGGGUGAAGGUGUUGUGUUAUGCCGGGGUACCUUAGCAAAGCAAUUGGGGAAGAAUGAUCCACAGAUCAGUGCAAUUGACGGAUCAGUCUUCACUCAUUCAGAUGUCAAACCCAGAUUGGCAGUUAAGGGCGGCAGUAUGAUACUUUCUGCAAUUUGGGACUCCUCUAAUUCCAGACUGAGAUGGGCCGAUAAGUUUACUCUUGAAUACCAGUUGAAUACAAUCCGUGUGGACCUGGACUUUACAAAUCAAGCUGUUGUAAUUGAUGUUUCAAACAGAGAGCAUCUCAUGGAUUUAUCGUUAAAGCCAGAAAUUGCUAGUGGUGUCAAAAGUGAUGGAAAGUGGCUGGAUGGACUGCACACUCUCUAUGGAGCUGUUCAACGAGUAGUUUACACCUAUAUUUUUCCUAUGACGCAAUCCAAACAGGAGACUGAUUUACGGGAUACACGAUUAGAAGUGGGUACCUUGUUUUGGGACCUCUUGGCUAUGCUCAAAUUUGUAAUCAAUGAGGUUUUUCAACCGUUAGCUAGGGAUUUUUCGAAGAGGUUGAUUGAUCAAACAGUUGAAGUUUGUAUGUGUUCUUGAAAAGGUUAAAACUGGUUUGCUCUAUGAUCCAUUUAGAGCUGAAAUUUCUCAGACUAUGUCUGCCUUAUGUAAGAGACUGCUGAAUUUGGAUGAAGAUCUUUGUAAGCAAGUUGCUGUUGCUCUUUAUGAUGUAGCAGGUUGUGCCUUAUCCCCCAUAGAUUUUGAAAGGAUCAAGCUCGUUGCUGUGAGUCUUAGAGACAAAUAUUUGCUGGAAAGUUUCAAGUAUGAUUGGAUCUCUGGGAAGAUGUUGAUCUGCUAUUAUAACGGGGAUUUCAAAUCAGAUGCUUUUGAACUGAUUCCAGGUCUUGAUCAAAUCGAGGUCAAUUCCUUGGAAAAGAUGUGGGAACAAAAGCAAGGGAUACAACAGGAGAUGCAGAUACAGGGAGAAUUUUACAACACCAGGGAACAUGGUGCCACCAUGCAUUUACUUCUGCUCUUUCCUGCUGAGAAGGACUUGAGGAUGAUGGUUCCAGUACCAAAGCUAAAGGCACAGAAUUCAACGAUGUACUGGGAAAGGAGAGGUGCCAAGAUGAAGACAAAGUUGAAGGCUAAGACUGUUUCCUAUCACCCAUCUUGAGGACAAGGUGGUUGUUCAAGGGGGGAGAUAUGAUAGGACUCGGGCAGAUUAGCACUGAUAAUAAUAAUAAUAAUAUUAGAAGAGUUAGUAUAAAUAGAGGUUGAGGGUAGAAUAGAAAGGAGGCUGGAAUUAUCAUUUGGGCUUGGGACUUGGAAACUGUCUUGUAUUUUCUCUCUCUAUUUUCUGUUAUACGAACUACCUCCAUUGUUACGAAUCUUGAUUUCUUCCAUAGUUAGCUCUCUCAAAUUACAAUAAACUGGUCUAUAACCUAUCAUAUGCAUGUAAGUUUAUGAUAUUACAACUGCCUAACAUAUAUCAUUGAGAUUUUAUUACGUCAUUUCUAAAUUCUAGUUUCAAUUAUCUAAUUCAAGAAGCUUUACCUUGGGAACCUAGAAAAAAUUGUUUCCCCAGUUGGGUAUUGGGAGUUACAGGGUGUAUUAUGUCGUGUCUAGCUAAAGUUUUCUUUCCAAGCGCAAACUGUAUUAAAACUUUAGGUUUUUCCUAAAAGGUCAAUCGGAUAGGUGGAGUGAUUUGAGACCUCAUAUAUUGCACCUUAACAAACUCCUAUACCAUAUUAAGUUUUUACUCUAGAAGGUCAAAUGAGUUUUAGUCAAAUGAUUGGUCUUUUUAGUUUAAUAGGGAUAUGAUACCAUAUUAAGAAUGAAGGCUCCGUCUCAAAAGGUUAACUUCAUUGGAGAGUUGUCAAAAUCCUUAGAUAUGAGUUUGUAUGUUUAUAUUUUACUAGUGUGGGAUGACUUAACAAACUCAAACCAGCCUUUCUAGCGCAACCUUGUGUUUUUGAGCUAUGUGGAAUUCAAGUAAAAUCUUUCCCCUUUUGAUGGACUUAUGGAGCAUCUAGUAACUGCUAGUUUGUGUGAUGGGAUUUCUCAACAGGAGGUGAAAGAGUCAUUUGAUUUCUGGGGUACAGCAGAAGGCACUUCAAUCCAUCCAGCUGAGUGCAUGCAGCAACUGCUUGAGAAAGUUAGACGCCACAGAGUUAAUGUUGAUGGGAAUGUGUGCACUGUGAUGGUGACAACUUUAGUCCUUGAGGUAUUUUCUUUAUUCUUCUUGCUGUUCUUUGAUGAUGAACUACCAAAAUGAAUAGCGGAGUCGCUUAAUCUAUGUUUGAUCAACCAUGUCAAAGGGUGAAUAUCAGUGAAGUCAUUAAGGAGUAGGAUUUUUAAUAAUCUUUAAUAAUAUUCUUUUGCAUCCAACACUUUCCCGUGUCUUGUGAUCGUUGGAGAAGGUGCUGCUGCCAGGCAUGAUGAGGGGGAACUCAAUGCCGUGGUAUUAAGGGAUAUGGCCGAGAUAUCUAAUUACAUAAGUCACAUAAAGAGGAUAUAAAUACAGUAUGUUCCACAUUCCAAAACCUUUUAAAACAUAUAAAAAACUAAAAAACAUACACACAUGAAUUGAGCUAGGCCUCUAUACAAUAUACAAGGAAAUAAUAGUAAUAAAUAGGGGUUUUCGUAUAAUAUAACUAAAAUAAAACUUAUGGACAAAAUUAUAAUUAUAUGGUCACUACAACUGCAAAAACACCAUUAUAAAACACCAUCAUUUCCACUAUUUAGUGAAACUCAACAUCGCUAUGGUUAUUAAUUAUUACCGCUAUUGGGAAAUAUUAUCAAUGACUGCUUUAUAAAAGUCAAGUUUUUGUCCAAUACAAUUAGUGCAGUUGUAUCAUCACCAUCAUCAUCCAGUGCCGCAAAGGCUUCCACCUACGGUGGGGUAAGAGGGGUCGAAUGUACGCAGCCUUAUCCAUGUACUAAAGCACAAAGAGUCUGUUUCCGGAUGACUCAUAAUGAAAUCGCGUGGACUGACCUUUGCUUUAUAACAGAGAAGCGUAGACAGUUUAGUAAGUCAUUUUGCUUUAUUCCAUCAUAUUCCAAAACAAAAAAAUAGUGAGCCUUUGGCUCCAUUGUAAAUGAUGGUAAUAAUUAGUGUAGUUUUAUAGUUGUCAUUAUUUCUAAUAUAAAUAAAUCCGGUUAAAGAAAUACAAGAUUUUGUGAAUUUUUCAUCUUUGAGCAUAGUAUUUAAACAUAAAUCAACAAUGUAAGUUUCCUUGAUUUCAUUGAGCCAUUCGGCCAGAAUAUA